GAGAAGGGACCAGUCAUCUGGGGCGGCAGCGGCCGCUGCGAGCGGGAGAAAAAUGCUUCAGCUAGCCAGUCCUGUGCAGCAGUAAAUGAAGGGGACCACCAAGAUGUAAUUCCCUAGGAAUCUUGUGCACACUCUCACCAAGGACAGGGUGCUCAGCUAGCUAGCUGUGAUGCUGUCUGCAUCCCAAGAAUGCAGAUUGGGAAGUUCCAAGAGAUGCUUCUUCUGUAUCUGCUGGAGAAUCACUGGUACAAGCAGUGGAAGGCCUAUGUGGAAUCUGGAGACCAGAAUUCAAGCGCUUUCCCUGGACGGAUCAACAAUGCUGAGCUCUUUGAAGAUUUGAAGUCCUACCGGUUGAAGGACCAGCUGGUGGAGCAGGAGGAAUAUGUUCUGGUGCCUGAGGAGGUGUGGGACAAGCUGGUGAGCUGGUAUGGCAUUGAGCAUGGCCAGCCAGCCAUUGAACGCAAGGUUGUGGAGCUUCCGAGCAUGCAAAAGGUGGAGGUGUACUUGGUGGAGCUGCUGCUCUGCCAGCACAAUGACAUGGACAGCCCUGUGGUCGCCCAGUUCAGCCGUAUGGACCUGAUCGACACGGUGCUGAAGGAAGCACGGCGCCAGUUUUCUGUCCCAGCAGAAGACGAGACAAGGCUCUGGGUGAAAAAUGCUGAUGGCUCCUGCGAAAGGCUGCGGAACUUGCAGAUGACGGUGCUGGAUGCUUGCCUCAGUUCAGGGCAGGUGGUGAUAAUGGAGACACGGAGUAAAGAUGGCACUUGGCCCAGUUCUAGACCACUUAUCAUGAAGAACUCAACCGACGAAGAGGAACUCUACCAGGGCCAGCCUGGGGUUUGCGGCCUUACCAACCUGGGCAACACCUGCUUCAUGAACUCUGCUUUGCAGUGUCUCAGCAAUGUGCCCCCCCUUACCGAAUACUUCCUCAACAAUUGCUACCUGGACGAGCUCAACUUCAGCAAUCCGCUGGGCAUGAAGGGCGAAAUUGCAGAGGCCUAUGCAGACCUCAUCAAGCAGCAGUGGUCUGGCCACCACCACUCCAUCGUGCCCCGCAUGUUCAAGACCAAAGUGGGCCACUUUGCCUCUCAGUUCCUUGGCUACCAGCAGCAUGACUCUCAGGAGCUGCUCUCCUUCCUGCUGGACGGGUUGCACGAAGACCUCAACCGUGUCAAGAAGAAAGAGUACAUUGAGCUAAAGGAUGCGGCUGGGAGGCCAGAUGAGGAAGUAGCGAAUGAGGCAUGGCACAACCACAAACGCCGCAACAACUCCAUCAUUGUUGACAUCUUCCACGGACUCUUCAAGUCCACGCUGGUGUGCCCCGAGUGUGGCAAGGUUUCUGUGACCUUUGACCCUUUCUGCUACCUCAGUGCCCCUCUGCCCAUCAGCAAGGAGCGGGUGAUGGAAGUUUUCUUUGUGUCCAUGGACCCCUGCAAGAAGCCCAAACAGCACAGACUGAUUGUCCCAAAAGCUGGAAAGGUGCUGGAUCUCUGCCAUACCCUGUCCAAGCACACUGAUGUUCCCGCUGAGCGGAUGAUGGUGGCUGAUGUGUUCAGCCACCGCUUCUACAAGAUCUACCAGAUGGAUGAAUCCCUCAGUUGCAUCUUGGAUCGGGAUGACAUCUUUGUAUAUGAGGUAUCUGUGUCCACCCUGGAGGACUUGGCCACCGCAGAUGCCGUGGUGCUGCCUGUGUACCUCCGGGAGCGCACUCAGGGCCGGGACUACAGUGAUACCUACUGUGGGGUGAUGCUCUUCGGCCACCCACUCCUGGUGUCCGUGCCUCGGGACCAGCUCUCCUGGGAUGCCCUAUAUCAGCUUCUUCUGUGUCGGCUCUCCCGCUACGUGAAGCAACCAGACUCUGAGGAAGAGGAGGAUCAGAGUGGGGAGGAGGAGGACAAGGAGGACGAGGAAGAUGAGGACGAGGACCUCUACAAUAAGAGACCCAAUGGGCUGAGUGAGGGAAAGGAGGAGGAGGAGGAGGAGGAGGAAACAGCAGUGGAAGGCUCCACCAGCCAGGAGCCCAGCUUGGAGACAGAGGAAAAUCCCUCAGACUCAUUGAGGAGGGAGGACAUGGCUGGUGUGGCAGGGAGGCACAGCCCCAACCCAUCUCCCCACCAGUCAGUGCAGUCCCCUCAGACUCCUUCUUCUAGCCCCAGCCCCCCCACAGCCAACCAGGCCAAACGCAAGUGCUGUCUGCCACAGAAGCGGCGGAAACUGCUCUUCACCCUCCAGCCCGUCAAUUCUAAUGGUACCAGUGAUCGGUUGGCCGGCCAGGACGAGGGCAGCGCCAUCUCCUUCAACUCCCAGCCAUACAUUGCCAUGGAUUGGGACUCCGAAAUGAAGAAGCUGUACUACAACGAGGCAGAGGCUGAGAGCUACGUCAAACAUGACUGCAUGGGCUAUAUGCCAAAGAAGAACCCAGUCCGGCUGCAGGAGUGCAUCGAGCUGUUCACCACUGUGGAGACCCUGGAGGAGGAGAACCCCUGGUAUUGCCCCACCUGCAAAAAGCACCAGCUGGCCACCAAGAAGCUGGACUUGUGGUCCCUGCCAGAGAUCCUGAUUAUUCACCUCAAGCGCUUCUCUUAUACCAAGAUCUCCCGGGAGAAACUUGACACCCUUGUGGAGUUCCCUAUCCAGGACCUCGAUUUCUCUGAGUUUAUCAUCAAGCCACGGAAAGACACUGAUCCUGCACUGUACAAAUAUGACCUCAUUGCUGUGUCCAACCACUAUGGCAGCCUCCGAGAUGGCCACUACACGACUUUUGCCCGGAACAAGGACAGUGGGACAUGGUUCUACUUUGACGACAGCAGCGUAUCUGCCGUUUCAAAGUCCCAGAUUGAGACCAAAGCUGCCUAUGUCCUAUUCUACCAGCGCCAGGACAAAGUCCGCCAUCCUGCUCCUCUUGCUGCAUCCACAAGCACAGCUAAUAGCAGAGAUCAGGAGGACUAUGAGGCCCCCUGUGAUUCCCUUGCCAGAGAGCAAGCAAGUCGGGACUUCAUGGAUGUGGACUGACGGUGACCCUGCCUGCCUUUCUCCAUUUGCAGCAGGAGAAGGAGGCAGGGCAGAAGAGGCAUCUUCCUUUUCUCAGACUGAAGCUGGCAGCUGGAUUUGAGCCAGUGGCCAUGGCUGCUUUCUCAGGCCUUGGAAUAGGGUUGGGCAGGGACAUAGGACUGGAGAGAUUUCCCCUCUGCCCAAAGUGUAGGGUCCUUUGCUUUGCAGAGCUUUCCUACUCUGAAGGGUUGGUUUGGUUUCUCCUCUUGCACCAGGGCCAGUGUCUUGCACCAGCAUUUUAUAAGCUGCAAAGGGGUGUGUGUGGAGGGGGGGUCUUCCUUUUUUCCUAUCUUAAAAGUGGGGAGUCAUUCUCAGGACCAGAUCUGCCCUGGUGGGGGACUGGCACAAGCAUAGUUCCUGGGAGCCCUGCUGUGUGCUGCCCACCUCCCUGACAGCACCAGCUCCUCCCUUCCCCUUCUAGCAUCAGGGUCACUGCCCUUGUUCUGCUGCUCUCAGUGUAAGACCCUUGUCUCUUUAUUUGGGAGGGCUUUACAAAAGGUAUUCACAACAACUGCAGUUUGCAGCCAACCAAACACUGUUCCCUAAGCCUGUGCAUCAGUCACUGGCCCCUCACUUGUCUCCCAAGUGCCUCCCUCUUCUCCCUCUGCCCUCCGCCCCCCAACAAAGCAAUAACUGCAGGAUCCCACCACAACCAUCUGUGCCCCUCAUAGGCAAUAUUGCCUGGAGUCUGAGUGAACACACAGACUCCCUUUCUGGGCUUCCUUCUCCCAUAGACUCCUGCUUCUGAAGUUCUUCUCCAGCAAAGGGGCUGGUUUAGCCCUUGGGCUGUAUGCUGCUUCUAAGUCUUGCAUCAAAGCCUGUUUGGGGAGGGGGUGGGGACUGAGUUCCUUUCUGCUUCUAGAGAGGAGGAACUUCACUGCUGGCUACUGCAAGCUGCUCUGGCAGGCCCCGCCCCCUUAAUUGCUGAAGGGUGGCAGGCUGUUACAAGCCCAUGCCUUGCCCAAGGCAAAUGUUGGAGUUCUUCCUUUCUGCCGCGCUGCCGCUGCUUCCAGGCUCAGGGAUUGCGCUAGUGUGUAAAUAUGUUUUUGCGUGCAAUGUGGGAGGGAUGGGGGGCACCAGUGGAGGCAGCGUUGGCUAAGCACAGGGCACUUGCUGCCUGCAGAAACACAUAGUAUAUCUUCUUGAGGAAAUUGGGAAGAAAAUCCCUUCACUUGACCCUUGGGGGUUUUUUUCUUUUAAGGAUUUUUUUCACACAGAAGAAAAUAUUUUUGGCAUGUGGUAAAACUUGUACAUAAAGCAACUUCUUUUAAA